AUGAGUCUGAGGCUGCUCACCACAGAGCGCAACCACCUUCUCUCCCCGAAGCCACAGAGCCCGCGGGAUGCCGCCCUGUCGCUGCUGAGGUCACCCAGGCUGUCCUGCAGCGGCAGCAGCCCCAAGCCGAAGGCCGCCAAGAUGGCGCACGGCGGCCUGGAGCGCUCGUUCAGCUUCAAGAACUGGGAGGCGGAUGCGGCGGCCGCGGCCGCGGCGGCCAGCCGGGGCGGCGGCAUCAACGGCGCGCGCCCGGGCACCCUGGCGCUGCAGCAUCAGCAGCAACAGAGCCCCCGGCGCGUGGUGUCCGUGUCCCCGCACCCGCAGGCGCAGGCCAUGAUCGAGUACAUCUCCCCUCGCCCCCGCGUGGAGCUGGACCAGGCGGCCACCAAGCUGCAGAAGGCCUACAAGGGCCUCCGCACGCGCCGCAACCUCGCCGACGGCGCCAUCAUCGCCGAGGAGCUGUGGUGGAAGACGGUCGACUCCGUGUACCUCAACAUCAAGUCCAUCUCCUUCUUCGACGAGGACAAGCAGGAGACCGCGGCCUCGCGAUGGUCCAGGGCCGGCAAGAGGAUCGCCAAGGUCGGCAAGGGACUCUCCAAGGACGACAAGGCGCAGAAGCUCGCGCUCCAGCACUGGCUCGAAGCGAUUGACCCGCGCCACCGCUACGGCCACAACCUCCAUCUCUACUACGACAUCUGGUCCGCCAGCUCCAGCUGCGAGCCCUUCUUCUACUGGCUGGAUGUCGGCAACGGCAGAGACUUGCAUCACGAGAAAUGCCCACGAAGCAAGCUCAACUCGCAGCUCAUCAUGUACCUCGGACCAAACGAGAGGGCGGCGUACGAAGUGGUCGUGGAGGAAGGCCGGCUGCUGUACAAGCAGAGCGGAGACCUGGUGAACACGAACGAGGAGUCCAAGUGGAUCUUCGUGCUGAGCACCAGCAGGUCGCUGUACGUCGGGCAGAAGCGCAAGGGCAAGUUCCAGCACUCGAGCUUCCUGUCCGGCGCCGCCACCUCCGCCGCCGGCAGGCUGGUCGCCAAGGAGGGCGUCCUCAAGGCCAUAUGGCCCUACAGCGGCCACUACCUCCCGACCGAGGAGAACUUCAGGGAGUUCAUCACCUUCCUGGAGGACAACAACGUCGAUCUCGCCAAUGUCAAGCGAUGCUCGGUGGACGACGACGAGUACCCAUCGUUCAAGAAGCCGGCGGCGGCUCCAGAAGAGCAGCAGGCAGCAGAGGAGGCCGCCCCAGUGGCCACCGAAGAAGCCGCUGCACACGCUGAGGCCGUGGAGGACCAACAAGCAAUGGUGGAGCUGCCCGCGGUGGACAUCGUGAAGGAGGAGGACACGGCCACGGACACCGCCGCGGACGUGCAGGAGCCGCCGAAGAUGAUGAUGGCCAGCCGCCGGCCGUCGUUCAAGUGGUCGACGCCGACGGGCGCGCGCAUCGGGUGCCUCCAGAACUACCCGGCCGACGUCCAGAGCAUGGCCCUGGAGCAGGUGAACCUGUCGCCGAGGGUGGCGCCGUCGCCGAGGCUGCCCAUCCCGUCGCCGCGCCCCAGCCCCAAGAUCAGGCUGUCGCCCAGCCUGCACUACAUGGGCUGCCCCACCCCGACGGCCACGGGCGCCAGCAGCAGGCUCGCCAUCCCGAGCCCGGCCAGGCGCUCGUCGCCCAAGCAGCACUUCAUGGGCUUCCACACGCCCGCCGUGGCGCUCACGCUCCCCAAGCACAAGGCCAAGUGA